AUGUUGAUUGUAGGUCUCACUGGUGGUAUAGCGUGUGGUAAGUCUACAGUUUCAAAAGAGCUACAAACAAACUACAAAUUGACUGUUGUUGAUGCCGAUUUGAUUGCACGAGAAGUGGUUUACCCCGGUAAACCGGCUUACAACAAAAUCAUUGAAUACUUUAAAGAUGUCCCAAAUUUAGUUGACGCAAAUGAUAAAAGCCUCAACAGAGCAGCAUUGGGCCAAGCUGUUUUCAACGACAAGAGCAAGCUAAAGAAACUAAAUUCAAUAGUCCACCCCGCAGUCAAAUGGGAGAUUGCAAAGCAGAUUCUAUGGGCAUAUUUACAUCUAAAAAGCAUUGUAGUGUUGGAUGUGCCACUUUUGUUUGAAUCUCAAUUGUAUUUAGUUUGUGGGCUUGUGAUUACAGUUUCUGCGCCAUUGGAAUUGCAAACAAAGCGCUUACUUUUGAGAAACCCGGAGUUGACAGCAGAAGAUGCUGAAAAAAGAAUUAAAAGUCAAAUGUCAAACUUGGAAAGAAAUUAUAGAAGUGAUAUUGUUAUCGAAAACUCGGGAACUGUUGAAGAUCUUCAUGAUGAGCUAGAACAUGUGGUGCAAAAAAUCAAACCAGCUAAAAUAUGGACAUUGCUUGACUUGAUUCCGCCUUUUGGUAUCGCUUCUGCCGCUUUCACAUUUUUUAUACGAAGAAUGGUGGAAAAUUAUAGAGGCAAAAAGCCAAAGACCGAAUAG